CAGCCUCUUCAGCCCUCCACCACAGUUCCCAUGUCUUUGAGCCUCCCAGAGGAUGUUAAUAUAUCACCAGCAGGUCUGAGGCCUGACCUUUGACUCUGAGAAGUUUCAGCUGAGCGCUGAGCCAAGCAGCCGGGCCGGAGCAGAGGCACAGUCCCAGCAGCCCAUGACGGUGCCAGCUGCUCUGCGGGAUCCUGAGGCGUGAUUUUCCAAACAGAACGCAUGGCGAUGGAGCCCGAACAAAGCGCUGGAUCCUGUCCUGCCCCGGGCCAGACUGCUGUCAGGACCCGGCUCCGCUCCAGCACCAGAGGAGCCACCAAGACGCCCGGGGAGACUGUCUCCCGUUACCAUGGAGAUGGGGUUCGCUACAAAGCUAAGCUAAUCGGUGUGGACCCGGUACCUGAAGCACAAGGAGAAAAAAUGUGCUGGGACUCCAUGAUGAAACUGAAGGGUCUUGAGGCAGCAGCGAGGAAACAGGGGAAACACAAGCAGAGAGUCUGGAUGAAAAUCUCCUCCACUGGUGUGAAAAUCGUGGAUGAGAGGACCGGGUCCAUACUUUAUGACCACGAAAGCAGCAGGAUCAGCUCUGUGACGAAAGACGAGUCGGACCCCAGAGCGCUGGCCUACGUCUACCAACACCAAGACGCCUACAGCCUCCUCUACAUCAAGACGGCCAACCUGGCAGAUCCGGUUCUGGUGGACGUCAGGCAGGUGUGUGGAGGUUUGGACCAAGAGACGCCGCAGGAACCUGCACAGGCCUCACAUCAGGGCGGCUCCUUAUUGCUGCUGAAUGAGAGCUCAGCUCCUCCACCUGAGGAAAAUGGUCUUGAGCUUGUGUUUAGUCCACGACCAAACCUUCCAUCUGAACACUCCCAGCAGGCGUCUUCUAGUGACGAGCUGAUGGACGUCUUCUCCUUCCAGGCUCAGGAGCCGCUGGCGUCCAGCCAGAGCUCGUGUUCCUCAGCUCAGCCAGAGCCUCCUCCGCUGAAGCUCUCCACAUCCCAGAUCCUCUCCAUGUUUCCUGUGCAUCCAGCUGGGCCUUCUCCCUACUCCUCCCCCCCGUACUCCCCCACAGCCUCCCCCUGGGGCCUGCAGGGGCCCCUGGCGGCCCAGUGGGCCGGUCCCGCGGCCGUGGCGCCCGGGCCCCCGCUGCCUGGCAGCGCGGCUCCGUGGGCACCAGCAGGCGCAGCGGCGCCCCCUGCAGGCGGCCACGCCCAGGCUGCUUGUCCUCAGCCAGGCAUGAUGUGGGGAGGGACCCCGCCUCCUCCAGCCGCCGCUGUCAGCAUGUACCACAGCCCCUUCAACGCCAGCCACACUCCUCACCCCUAAAGCACAAAGCGCAUCAUCAGCUUAUUAUCUGCCCUGUUCUAUCAGGACCAUUUAUGUCCUGUAACUGAGCUGUAAAACACAUCCUCUACUAAACCUUUAAAGAUUAUACCAGCUCUGAGUUCUUCCAUUAUCGUGUGUCUCUUUGCUUUUUUAAAUAUUACCACUCGCAGGUGUAGAUGGAACUUUAAAAUCUAAAUCAGUGCCUGAAAUACUGUGGCUGUUAAUGUUGCCACCACCGAAAUGAUCAAAGUACAUUAAAAAGAUUUGAUAAAUACUCACUCUGUCGUGUUUGUAUCAAGUUGACUCCAGUUUUCAUCAGAUGUCUGUAAUUCUGAGAAUUUGGGUUAUCUA